AUGCUUUCUUGUUCCUCUUAUCUUUCACUUAGCAGCUGUUCAGCUAACAAUCACUUAAUUUCUUUUUGCAGUGAAGGAGAGUUUUCAUCAAGUGCAUAUCAUGAUCUUCUCGGGCCACAUGCUGUCUUUGCGGAACAUACGCCCGUCUCAUCCACAUCCCAUCCUUGCCCUUACGUUACAUAUUUUGGGCCGAUCCACCCAUCUUCUUCUGCAUCGAGUGGGAGUGUUUCAGAUGGAUCUAGUUUUAACAACCACUGGAAUGGCCCAUCGGGCCCAAGCCCAACUGAUGUCCCCAGCCCUUAUGCUUUCCAGUCUAUGGAUUUACAUUAUCAAAACUGGGACCAGACUUCAGCUUACACCACAAACACUCGGAUUGCUAGGAAUAGCUCCGAUAUCCCGAGAGCUGGAAUGCAUCCCUUCAUUGUUGGUCACAGUUCUGCAAGUCGAGCGCCAAGCUCCAUCACCUCAUCAGUUCUUCCGACUUACCCGGGGGCCGCAAUCACACGCCCCCGUGAACGCCCCUCCAACCUUCAAGCAUACUUUCAGCAAUCCACUGGUAAUAACCCGGUGGGCCGGGCCCCCGCCAUAUCCACGGCCCGAAGAUCGAGCGGCCAUAGGGGUAUAAUACCCCAAUUGGGCCCUCUCCCUUCAUCAUCACCCGUUGAUCAGCCCAAUGGGUUUUACCUACUCUCAUCAAGUGCAUCCUCCGGCAGCCGAACCUUCCAAGAAGCCGAAAACCCUAUUCGAGACCCUUUCCACCAUUGGGAAAGGGAACACAACCAGCCACUGUUCCCUUUGGGCCAGCCGGACCACGACUCGAUAUGGGGGCCGUUUCGCCAGCCUGGCAGUUUCCGCCACAGGCAUGGAUCUGAUAGGUUGCCAUCUCAAAAUCGGUCAUAAAGGUGUGUNUUUUAUUUGUGUUUGU